AUGCGCAGUUGGACUUUUAAGGUGCUCACCUUGAGCGCGCUGAGUGCUUUAGCAUUGGGACAUUGGACCCCUCGACCUAACCCGUCAGCAGACUAUGUCAACUACACAACGGUCACUGGAUUCUUCCUCCAAGAUGAAGCUUCUACUGUUCCAGGGACGUUUGACUACACUACUGCGAAUUUUGGGUUGAUCAAUCGCACGUAUCCAACGGACAACGAGUGUAGUAGAUCUUUUACUCAAUGGCAAAAGUUCGAGCACUACGUCGAUACUCUUAACCAAAGGAGUGGUAGGAAUGUUGACUACAAAGUGCUCUUCAUGGGACGGCAUGGCGAAGGUUAUCACAAUGUCGCGGAGAGCUAUUAUGGCACUCCCGCAUGGAAUUGCUACUGGUCUCUGUUAGAUGGCAAUGGAACAUCCGUCUGGGCCGAUGCAAAAAUCACACCCAAAGGACAAGCUCAAGCUGAAACUGCAGCAAAAUAUUGGGCGUCGAGAGUCGCACUUCAAAAGAUUCCGAUUCCACAGUCUCUCUACACAUCUCCACUCACGCGUUGUUUACAAACAGCUGAAAUCACAUUUUCUGGACUCUAUCCACGCCACCAAAGGGUUGUUCCUACUGUCAAGGAAUAUUUCCGAGAGGGAAUAAGUGGACACACCUGUGACAGACGUUCUACCAAGUCCUAUAUUCGCAAGACCUUCCCAACUUUCGAAAUUGAAAAGGGGUUUUCUGAACAAGAUUUAUUAUUCAAGCCUCACUUCGCUGAGCAACCUGUGGAUCAAGAUAUUCGCACUAAAGCUGUACUUGACGAUGUUUUUGGGAAUGAUAGCAAUACUUGGCUCUCGAUUACUAGCCACUCAGGUGAAACUGCUAGUCUUUUGAGAGUUUUGAAGCACCGAGUGUUCUCACUGUCAACCGGAUCUGUUAUCCCAGUUCUCGUGAAAGCCGAGACAAUCAAGGGAACAGCUCCAGUAACUUCGACUGUAGCGUGGUCAUCGAUCUCUACAUGCAGCACCGCACCACCCCUUCCUACACCUACAGCAUGA